GGUAAGGCCAAAAACAGAAUAGCUGUGGCUUCUACCGGUGACCAUGGCGACCAGAACUCACGGCUCGAGAGCGCGCCGUCGGCCGCCAUCCAGCUGCCGGGCGCCGAGGCGCCGCCGCGGCCGCUGGAGCUCGUCUUCUGCGGGCUGUCGGUGUGCGUGGCGCGGCGGCCCGUGCUGCGCGACGUGUCCGGCGUGGUGCGGCCCGGCGAGCUGCUCGCCGUCAUGGGCCCCUCGGAAUUUCUUAACAAUCCUUACUUUUUGCCAACGACGCUGCUCAACUGCCUGUCGGGGCGCACCAAGCUGGACGCCGGUUGGGUGCGGCUCAACCGCGAGCGCCUCAGCAAGCGCUGGAAGCGGCGCAUCUGCUACGUGCUGCAGCAGGACAUCUUCUUCCCGGACCUCACGCUGCGGCAGACGCUUGAGUACGCGGCGCGGCUGCGGCUACCGGACACCCUGUCGCACGCCCAGAAGAUGCAGUGCGUCGACCACAUCAUCGACGUGCUCGACCUCACCGCCUGCCAAGACACGAUCAUUGGGGAUUACAUGAAGCGAGGCUUGUCAGGAGGUGAAAAGAAAAGGGCCAACAUUGCCUGCGAGCUGCUCACAAACCCCUCACUCAUGCUGCUUGAUGAACCUACGUCAGGACUGGAUUCCCAUUCAGCAUACAGUCUCAUGCGCUGUCUCAAGCGGUACGCAGAAAAAGAAGGCAAGACAGUCGUGGUGACAGUUCACCAGCCUUCUUCUCAGAUAUUCCAUAUGUUCAAUAAACUACUUCUACUCUGCAAUGGUCAGACCGCCUAUUUUGGAGAAGUCAGCAAAGUUGUUGAUUUCUUCAAUAACAUUGGACUAACUGUGAUUCCUCAAUAUAAUCCAGCUGACUUCAUAUUGGAACAAGUGAAAGGCAGUGAAGAAAUGAAGGAGAAGAUAAUUGCAGCUUCCAAAGAUGCCCGGAGGUUACCCGACUAUCCUCAGGAGCUGCUACCGGAGUAUUACUCGAACUCUGUCAAUGUCUGUGAUAAAUAUACUAUGCCCAAAUAUGAUGAUAGUCACCUACCAGCAAAUGUAACGGUUGGAAACGAUGAGGGGAAACUCUGCUUAGACAACCAGAGUUACGCCUCAUCUUCUGUGAGCAGUUCAGAUGAUGACAUGAGCUGGCACUGGCCCACAAGUUUUUGGACACAGUUCAAGGUAUUGUCGCAACGGAACUUCCAAGAGGCGAGGCCACGGAUGCUGUCGAAGCUGAACUGGGUGCAGACGGUUGCGCUAGGUGUAAUGGCAGGCCUCUUGUGGUUUCAAUUGGAGCGAAAGGAGGAAGCACUUCAUGACAUUCAGGGCUGGAUGUUCUUCUCCACAACGUACUGGAUGUUAUUCGCACAUUUCGGAGCGCUCUCCUCCUUCCCUCCUGAGCGAGAGGUCAUCAACAAGGAGCGACUAUCAGGAGCAUAUCGUUUGUCAGCGUAUUACCUAGCGAAAAUGGUGGGCGAGCUUCCCCUUACAAUAACACUGCCAGCCGUCUACCAUCUCAUCUCAUACCCCAUGCUUGGCUUCCACAGUGCAGCGGUCUUCCUCACCCUUUUAGGAUUUCUACUUCUAAAUACAAGUGUUGGGUUCUUCAUUGGUGCGUCUUGUAUGGACAUGCAGGUCUCCAUUACCAUUAGUGCCCUUUACACGUUAGCUACUCAGUUGUUUGGUGGUUAUUUGGCCACAAAUAUUUCACCAUGGCUGCGAUGGAUGCAGUAUCUCAGUAUGGUCCACUAUGCGUAUCAAAAUAUGCAGAUAGUGGAAUUCAGUGAUGGUGCACCUAUAGAGUGUGCAGUGCAGACCAAGUUUGACGCGUGCACAAAUGGCACAAAGCACAUUCCAGUGCAGGCCAUCCUGGACGCCCAAGGGGCCAGCCUCCCGUUGUGGGCCAACACGUUGGUGCUGCUCCUGUUCCUCUUUCUGUUCCGUGUCCUGGGCUACGUCGUGCUACGCUACUUCCGCAGGCCCAAGUGACGUCGAGGGCUGUAGACACCACAGACUUUAGCUUCCCGACAUCCGCCUGCCAGCAUCUCGAAAAACACAGAGGUCCUUCUGACUUGUGGGAUAAAGCUUUUUUAUUUUAUUCUCAUAGUUUGUGUAAACGUUCCUUAGCAGGUAAUGCGAACAAAGUUAGAAUGCGAUAAAAGGCUGGAAGUGCAUUGUUGAACGUUUCCUGAAAGGACAGUUGUAAGAAAGUGCACACUAAGCCACUCUUGAUGUGAUGGAAUAUGAGAAAGCUGUGUUGUGGGUUAUUUUAUUUUCAACAACAAUAUAUGUUAAAAUAUUCUCACAAUAUACUUGGGUUUGUUGUGGUUGAAUUUUUUAUUCACCUUCUCUAUUUGAAUUUUGUUGCAUCUCAACUCGUCUGACUUGAGUGCAGACACCAAUGCUGCCUCAUUCCUGUGGAGAGUGGUUGUGUAUUUUCGAGGAUCUGCAGUGCCUUGAGUAAUGAAUCAUGUGCCAAGAAGUAACUAGCAUCAACUGCAAUUGCGAUUAAUGUAACUCCUUCGAAUGCAGAUGUUAAGGACCUGCCUGGAGGUACAAUGCAUGGUGUUUUGAUUGCAGUACAAGUGUUCAUUAAUGUAAAUUCUAGUAUGGUGAAAUAUGGAUUCUGAGGACAAAAACAAUGGAGUUGCUAUGAUUUCAAGUUUACUGUGUUCCAAUUUUAUACCCAAUGUGCUUCAUGUUGUAAGAGACAUAAAUGUCUGUGUUUUGUGUUCCUCUGUAACUAGAGAACAUCCCACCAUUGUUCCAUUCUCUUGCACAUUGCACAGGAAAUGAAAAGAAAAGGGGAAAAAUGCAAAACUGUAGAAGAUUACCAUCACGUUAUUGAAAUGUUACCGUGUACCCAGUUCAGUACAGUAGACUUAGCUUACAUUGACCUAGAUAGCACCAUAACCUUUUAAAUCAUCCCUUAUACCAUACCUUUGGCAGCAUGUUUUUAUAAAUAUAUAAUAUAUUAUACAUAUAUACAUACAUAUAUAUAUUUCUUGUGGAAUAAUAGUAUAUUAUGUAUGGGGACGUACAGUGUUGAAUGUUGAUUGGGUUCUUAACCCUAGUUGCAAGUGGGUGGUGCAUAAUCCAGUGUACAUAGCAAGGACAUUUGCGUGGAUCUCAGAUAAAUGGCAGGAAUCUUAUGUACAGAAUGGAAAACCAUGCAGAGCAUGAUCAAGAUCUCUUCAUAGAGUCUAAAUCUGUCUCGGAGCCACUUUGAAUGUGAAACAGGUACUUGCUUUAAAAAAAAUGUUUAUUCUGUGCGCAUCAUUUACUAGGCAUAUUUAUCUUCUUUGAUUUUGAAUGUAUAAAGAUACAUUAAACAAAUUUUAAAUUUGCUAGCUUCUUUUGAAGACAAUUUAAAGAUGCGCUCAUUAAAGAAAAGAUAAAUAUGUACCUAUUUUAUCUGAAUAUGACAUAUAAUGUUAUGAGAUUUUAAUGUUAGUUUUACAUCCUUUUAUACUUGGAUAUUAUGUUGGAGUAGAGAAAUGUGCCUGUUCACUACAUGACUCGUAAAACCCUGUGGUCUUGUUCCUGGCAGCUAACAGACUAUGUCAAGAGACCUAUUGAGCUGUAAUUUAUUUUUACUUACCCAGUCGAGUUGUCUACCAGGAAAGCCUGUCUCAGGAAGAUGCAAUAUUUGUAUCGUGUGUGCAUUUGGGAUUGGAUGGAAGAGAGAGUGCAUUGUGUAUGUGAGUGUGAAUGCGUAGAGGAACUUACUGUUAAAACAUUUAGUGUAACCCACAACUCUGUGGAUUUUUUAUUUCACUUGUCCAACUCGAAUGAGUACCUUUUGUGCAUGUACUAUUUCCUUCCUCUGUAAUAUUCAGUGAUCUGUUUACACUUUUCUCAAUUCCUUUAUUCCAUAUUCCUAAUUACAUUGUACCAAAACUAUGUAUAGGAAAGACUAUUUUUAAGAAUUAUUUGCUGCCACCAGUAUCUUUGGACUUAUAUUAUUCAAAAUUAAAAUUUUAUUAAUAAAGACAUGAAAAUAUUAGUAAACCAGAUUACCUAGUCCCAUAGAGUUUUUGAGAGCAGACAGCUGAAAGAUGCUAUUUAUAUUCAAUAAACCUGUUAUAGAAAUACAUUGUUUGCCAUUUUAACAACCAUUAUUCCUUUCC